CUAUUAAUAGUCCAUUUUAUAUGUAUGUUCAAAGUAUAUACUUAAACAAUUGAUAUUAACGGGGAAAAUAACCGGACUUUGUAAAAAAGGGGAGGUAAAAAAGUGUCCUGUUCCCAGGUACUUAUUAUCUUUCAUACAUUCUCAAAUUCUCCAGUUUUAAAGUCUUUCUACAACAGUUCACAUGAUUUUGACCACUUCCUAAAUGACCGCAAUUUAGCGAUAAAGGUUAACCUGAACUGAUCUAUAGAACCUUGAUAAGAAAUACCAUAAGAUACAAGACGUACAAAUAAGAUUAUAUAUUCAUACAUCUAAGUACUUGUAUGAGGACAUGUGGUACUACAUUUUGAUAUGUUUAUUUGCGUGUUCCUUCUAUAAUGUUAUCUGCCAGACUGAGUGUCAAAACGGUUGGAUUCAUCAUGGUGCAUCAUGUUACUACUUCAGCGAUAACACGAAGAACUGGGAUACUUCUUCUGCUUCGUGUCAGGCACAUCAUGCAGAACUUGUUACCAUAGAGACAGCGGACGAAAAUGCGUUCAUAUAUUCUAUAACUUCUAAACUUGGAGGAUCUUUUUGGUUGGAUGGAACAGAUGAAUAUUCCGAAGGAAAAUGGGAAUGGGCGUCAACUGGUUAUGCUUUGGAUUAUUCAAACUGGUAUCCAGGAGAACCUAAUAAUGAUGGUGACGAAGACUGUCUGAUGACGGGCGAUAGCUUCAAAGCAUUAUGGAAUGAUGACAAUUGCGGGAGUCAUCAAAAAUUUAUUUGCGAGAAAAAGUUGGACAAUACAAUCGUGGGAUAAAGAAUGAACAAAUAUGACAGAGAACUAAACAUUAGUGUACAAUAUGUGUUAAUUUAUUUACAUACUUUUUACUUUUACCCAGAAUU